AUGAGAACAAUAACGCCUCUUCCGAUAAAAGACGAGGAAUAUCAAAAUAUCAUUUCCGAUUUCAAUAUUUCGUCUACAUUUUAUACUAUUCACUCAAUUUUAAAAAUCGAAAUGGAUUGUUCUUUCACGAAUAGAUUUGAUUCAGUUAUGAUGUGGACUUGGGAGAACCCAAAUUUACUACGAUUAUUUCAUGGUACAAAGCACACUUGUGAUAUCUGGAACCUAGAUGAUUGGAGAAAAUUAUGCAAUAACUCCGAAUGUGGUGUUUGUGGAAUUUUGAAAUUUGGACCUUUGUUGUCGAAAGCAAAACCGAACUUGGCUGGAACGUAUCUUUGGUAUAGUCCUACAGUGUCUAUGGCACAUGAAUAUACCGGUCCUUUGAAGCUAAAUGAUGAUGGAUUUAGAGCCAUGUUUGUCAUGAACGUUAUACAUGGGAAGCCAUACUCAAAUUCUAUCGUAAUUGAAGCUCAAGAA